AUGACGCGUUGUGAAAUAAAUGUGAUUUUUCAAGGAAAAGUUGCAGCUGUACAAAAUUAUGGAGCUUUUGUCGAAAUUCCUGGAUGUAAACAACAAGGUCUCAUACAUAAAUCUCAGGUGAGUUCAACAUGGGUUGAUGAUGUGAGUGAAGUAUUGAAACGUGGAGAAUCAGUCUGGUGUAAAAUUAUAUCGAUCGGAGAAGAUGGAAAAAUAGGAUUGUCCAUGAAAUUUGUAAAUCAAGGUAAUGGCAAAGACUUAGAUCCGAACGGCGUAGAACUUGACCGAGAAGAGCAAAGAAAAAAACCAAUGCCGAAGCAACGAAAACCCAUCGAACUUCAAGCAGUCUUAAAUUCUAUUUGUAAAAGAUGUAAAUUAAAAGGUCAUUUUGAGCAUGAUUGUUUUACGCCAAUCGAUGGCAAAAAGUAUGAUAUACUCCCAGAGAUUAAAAAUGAACCAGUACAACCACCACAGCCUGCCCAACAAGAAGUACCUGAAGAAAAAGCUCAAAAAAGUGAGAAAAAAUCAAAAUCUAAAAAAAUUAAAAAGAAAAAGUCGAAGAAGAAACGGUCUGUUAGCACCAGUUCUGAUGAUAGCUCUUAUGAAACGGAAAAGAGACAUAAGAAGAAAAAGAAGAAACACUCGAAACAGAAAAAAAGAAAACACAGUGAGAGUUCUAGCGAUUCGAGUGAUGAUUAUCGAGAAAAACAUUCUAAAAAAUGUAAACACUCUAGAUCUAAACCUUCCGACUAA